CGCGAGCUGCGACUUCUGUUGAACCUGGGGGCGAUUUCAAGGCUUUUCCCUCAGUUGAGCCUUUUCCUCUGGUCCAGAUGCUCUUCAAUUCGGUGCUCCGCCAGCCCCAGUUUGGCGUCCCGAGAAAUGACUUCGCUGACCCUACUACUACUGGCCAGAGCUAACUGAUUAUACUCUAGGGUUAGGAUGGUCUGCACAGUACCCUCUACAGUCCCUUCUAACUAGUUAUCAGUGCAACUCUAAUGAUGAGCACACUUCUUAUGGAGAAACAGGAGUCCCAGUUCCCCCUUUUGGAUGCACCUUCUCUUCUGCUCCUAAUAUGAAGCAUAUACUAGCAGUUGCCAAUGAAGAAGGCUUUGUUAGAUUGUAUAACACAGAAUCACAAACCUAUAGAAAGAAGUGUGUCAAAGAAUGGAUGGCUCACUGGAAUGCUGUCUUUGACCUAGCCUGGGUCCCUGGUGAACUUAAACUUGUUACAGCAGCAGGUGAUCAGUCAGCCAAAUUUUGGGAUGUAAAAGCUGGUGAGCUUCUUGGAACGUGCAAAGGUCAUCAGUGCAGUCUCAAGUCAGUUGCCUUUUCUAAGUUUGAGAAAGCUGUCUUCUGUACAGGUGGAAGAGAUGGCAAUAUUAUGGUCUGGGACACCAGGUGCAACAAAAAAGAUGGAUUUUAUAGGCAAGUGAAUCAAAUCAGUGGAGCUCAUAAUACCUUAGAUAAGCAAACCCCAUCAAAACCUAAGAAGAAACAGAAUUCAAAAGGACUUGCUCCUUCUGUGGAUUUCCAACAGAGUGUUACUGUGGUCCUCUUUCAAGAUGAGAAUACAUUAGUCUCAGCAGGAGCCGUGGAUGGGGUAAUCAAAAUAUGGGAUUUACGUAAGAAUUAUACUGCUUAUCGGCAAGAACCCAUAGCAUCCAAAUCUUUCCUGUACCCAGGUAGCAGCAGUCGAAAACUAGGAUACUCAAGUCUGAUUCUGGAUUCCACGGGCUCUACUUUAUUUGCUAACUGCACAGAUGACAACAUCUACAUGUUCAAUAUGACUGGAUUAAAGACUUCUCCAGUGGCUAUCUUCAAUGGACAUCAGAACUCUACCUUUUAUGUUAAAUCCAGUCUUAGUCCGGAUGACCAGUUUUUAGUCAGUGGUUCAAGUGAUGAAGCUGCCUACAUCUGGAAGGUCUCCACGCCCUGGCAUCCCCCGACUGUGCUCCUGGGUCAUUCGCAAGAAGUCACAUCUGUGUGCUGGUGUCCGUCAGACUUUGCAAAGAUUGCUACUUGCUCUGAUGACAAUACACUGAAAAUCUGGCGCUUGAAUAGAGGCUUAGAGGAGAAAUCAGGAGGAGAUAAACUGUCCAUAGUUGGUUGGGCGUCUCAGAAGAAAAAAGAGGCAAGAGCUGACCCAGUAACAGCGACAAGUAGCCAGAGUACUCCUGCCAAAGCCCCCAGAGUCAAAAGCAGUCCGUCUAUUUCCUCCCCCUCCUCAGCAGCUUGUGCUCCAAGCUGUGCUGGAGACCUCCCUCUUCCUUCAAAUACUCCCACGUUCUCUAUUAAAACCUCUCCUGCCAAGGCCCGCUCUCCCAUCAGCAGACGAGGCUCCAUCUCCUCUGUCUCUCCCAAGCCACCCUCAUCUUUCAAGAUGUCCAUUAGAAACUGGAUGACCCAAACACCUUCCUCAUCACCGCCCAUCACUCCUCCUGCUUCUGAGGUCAAGAUCACAUCGCCAAGAAAAGCCCUUAUUCCUGUGAGCCUGAAGGCUUCCCAAGCAAUGGCUUGCUCUGAGUCCAGAAACAGAGUGAAGAGGAGGCUAGACUCGAGUUGUCUGGAGAAUGUGAAACAGAAGUGUGUGAAGAGCUGCAGCUGUGUGACAGAGCUGGAUGACCCAGUAGAAAAGCUUCAUUUGGAUCUGUGCUGCCUUACUGGUAACCAGGAAGACCUUGGGAAGGACCCCGGAGGCCCUACCAAACCAAGCAAGAUGGAAGGCGCCAGUAUGAGCGUCUCGGAGCCUCCUUCUCCUGCCAGUCCUUACGCUUCAGAAGGCUGUGGAACACUACCUCUUCCUCUGGGAUCUUGUGGGGAAGGGUCUGAAGUGGUAGGCAAAGAAAAUAGCUCCCCAGAGAAUAAAAACUGGUUAUUGGCCAUGGCAGCCAAACGGAAGGCUGAGAAUCCAUCUCCACGGAGCCCGUCAUCCCAGACCCCCAAUCCUAGGAGGCAGAGCGGGAAGACUUCUCCGGGCCCGGUCACUAUUACUCCCAGCUCCAUGAGGAAAAUUUGUACGUACUUCCAUAGGAAGUCCCAGGAUGACUACUGUAGUCCUGAACAGUCAACAGAAUUAUAGAGCUAAUCUGAGUAAGUUAACUGAACUUUGGCCCAUUCAAACACGAUAAAAAUACAAGAGUGACUCUAUACCUCUGGUCUUUAAGAAAGCUACCAGUUUUUUUUUUUGUUUUUUAUUGUUAGAGACAAUCCUUUCAACUCUGAAAUUUACCUAGUGUGGUUCUACUACCAUAGUAUAUACACAGCUUCCUUGGGAUGAAUGCUGUAUUUAAAUUUCAUAAAGCAAAUUUGUCACUCUGUAACAUGUUGAAUAAGUAGUCUUCACUUUUUAAAUUAUGCAUCUUCUCUACAAUAAUGACAUCCCAGCUCAUGAGGCCAAAAACAAGACUUGUCUCUUGUUGAUCUGAGACUUUCUAUGCACAAUGUGAAGUGUGGGCGGGCCGCAGCAGGGCCUGUCCGAAGGCCAGCUGCGGAAGACGUCUGCUGCAGACUCCUGCAGCUGUGCUGCUCAGACACGUGUCGUUUCAUUGAAAAUAUAUAAUCUUUUCACUAUACUUCUUUGAGGAUUUUUAAAGUGUAUCUAAAAAUGCAAUGUUCAGAUAAGUACAUUUAUGUCGAUUCAGUGCGUGAUUCAGUGAUAAAUCUCGUAAGUUAAAAUUAUUUUAAAAGCAGUCAACUCUUUGGAGAAAGUAGGAGGACACUAGAAACCUUCCAUUUGUCUUUUUCCCCUGAGUAUAUCUCCCACAUGAGAUUUAAGUUCCCCAUAUUUUUGCUAAGCAGUCUACAAUGUUACCAACCCAUUAUCAUGUUCUAUUAGAGGUUAUGAUUUUACCAUUUACGAGAGGAACGUGUUUAUAAACUCAAUAGUCAUACACUGAAGCUGGGGUUUCAAUUGAGUCCUCAGUUCUCCAGGGGCUGCAACUUUUUUAAAAAAGUCAUCAGAUUUUAAGAAAAAGUAAUGAUUUAUUGAUAUUAUAAAAGAAGGUAGAUCCGAACUGAAAAUCCACAACCUAAAGAAUAAAUCUUAGUUUUAACUUGCUUUUUUUGGAUUCUUUUCAUAUACAUAAAAAGCAAUGACUUUCUAGUCAUGGCAUUUUCUCUUGCUAUUUAAUAGAGUGUAUAGACGGACUCUGUAAUGUGCAAAAUAUCUUGAGCAUCACCUCCCUUAACCAGCAGAUCAUCUUGAGGUGAACUGUUGUUUUAUAUUUUCCCCUGUUGUAACCUAAUAGAAACAAGCUCUGUGUACUUGAACUUGGAAGGGGGUCCCCUUCCAGUCAUGAAGCUUGAUUCGUUUUAUCCAUGUCCCUGAGGACUGUGUAGAUGUUAUUCAUAUUUUUGUCAUAAUUUUAAAAUCUGUUCUUAAUGAUAACUCUUUAAGUCCUUGGAUUCUUAUAAGUUAAGCUUGUAACAACCAGAACUGCAAAGGUCAAUUAAGCAUGAGUUCUGGUUUAUCCAAGGAGAACAAUAAUAAAAGGAAGCCAUAGAAUUGCUGUUUCAAAACAAAGUGUACCGUAGCAUUAACUGAAUAUUCACGAGCUCUACGUAUAUUUGGUGUUUGCUUUUUUUUUUAGUUCACUGUGGGAAGGUGUUAUUUAUGACUAAUACCUGCCAAUAAUGCUAUAUCUCUUUCUUGAUUUGAAAGAAUCUUUAAAAAAGAAAAGGAUAACUAAAGUAGAUGAUUUUGUGCUUUGUAUCCCUGCACAUCUCCUGAUAGCUCUACUCAGUGAAAUUAGGGUAAAUGUGGCUGUCAGAAACUGCUGAGAAUCUACUGGGUGUAACAUGUCCCACUUGGAAAACUAGUACUUCAAAUGAGUGCCAAAGGUCAAAUGUAAUGAGAUAAUAAUUAUCCCUGUUUGUGUCAGUAUCAGACUUUAAGCUGAUCCGGAAUA